UAUGUGUGUGUGUGUGUAUUUACUGACGAAGUGGCACACUCAAUACCUUUGGGCUUUCCGUUACCCGCUCAAAGCCUUUUUUCUUUUCUUCUCUUUUUGUUUCUCUUUCCCCCGUGCAGUAGUUGUGAUGAGAGUGUUUCGCACGUGUGUUUGUAAGUCACCGAAAGUAAGUGGUCACGCGCGCGUCAGUGUUUUGGGCAAAGCGACGCCGCUAUAUAUAUUUUUUAAGUUCUCUUUCUUCCCACUUUAUUAUUAUUAUCAUCAUUUCCUCUACCUGACGCUUUGCCAGCUCGGGAGACGGUGUACUCAACGAAGUCGCGCAUAUAUCUAUCGACGUGUUCUUGCCUUACCUUACCUUAUUUGA